AUGCUGCUCUCGCUCGCUCAGAGCCGUCGGAAUAUCGAGGGAGUGUUGUUCGACGUGCUAAUUGUCCCAGCCGAGCUCCCCGAGGCGCUGAAGAUGCAGGAGCAGGGCUCGGCCUACAACGCCCAGGUCCAGGCCAAGGGCAAGGGCCGCGGGCUCGGCGCGCCCCACCUGUUCGUGUUCGGGGGCCUGCUGGAGGCGCUGCUGCUGCGCCAACAGAGCAUUGGCAAAGUGAACUUCGAGAAGCUGACCGAGUUCAAGGCUCGGCUCCAGUCGCUCGAUUACGAAGAAAAGAUGGACAUCACCCGCUUCACCAAGGUAGACAGGUGCUACGACCAGGGCAAGCGCAGGAUCACGCUGUGCCUUCAGGAGGGCCGCAAGGAGGUGAUCGGCGCCCUCCAGCAGCUGGGCGCGGAGCUGAAAUCGGGCAGAGCGCCAGCGAGCCACAUGGAGCGCGAGUUGCAGGAGUGGCUGGAGGUUUUCCUGCAGUAGCCGAGACUGCACGACGGACUACUACACUUUCGGAUCAUCUUGAAUCGAUUACGCUUGAGAUUGACACAAGUCAAGUGACGGCGGAGGGGGAUUUGAGGAUGACCACACCACAGGCGGGAAGAUCGUCAGCGGCUGAGCCGGCCCACAGUCCCCGACUGACUGUGCAGGACUGCCAGCCGCAGGCAGUGCAGUUGGACGCUGAGAGGAGUCCGACGUGUAGAGGAAGGCACCGCACGUUGGCAAGCGCUGAGUAGGAGCAGGCAUGUCCUAGCAAUGGUACGUAGAGGGUAGUUGUGCAGAGGAGUCCG